AAUUAUUCUGAGGAUAAGAAAUAGUGUCGAAUAAACGUUAGCGAACAUCAUAACAUAAGCUGCACCAGUUAAUGAAAACAUUUGUACUAUUUGUGGCUUUUGACAACACGGAAAUGAUAAUAUCUGUCACGUGACACUUUCCGGCCAAAAUGGCGGACGAAGGAGCGGAAAGACGAUUUUUUGGUGAAAUAGUAAGAAAUGCAAACACGUACGGUUCUACAACAAAACCUAGGCCCAAAUACGCAAAGUUUGCUAAACAUGAUAUUUCUAGGUUGGACACACUACAGGGAAUCGCUCUUAAAUAUGGGGCAACAGUAGAACAGAUCAAACGAGAGAACAAACUAUGGACAAAUGACAGUUUAUUUCUUCGUGAAUAUUUAUAUAUUCCAAUUACAAAUGAGAACACUCAUCUCAUUAAAGAUGAUUGGGAACUACUUUCUUCGGACGAAGUAAGAUCAAGGUCAAAUAGCGAAUUACUUAAUAGUAAUGAAGACUUGGGUGCUAGAGGAAGUGACAAAACUGAACCUAACGUUAAUGUGGGUGAAAGUGUAAAUAGUGCCAAAAGUGAAACUGCGGGCAUGGACUUUUUCUCAAAAUAUGAUUCCAGUAUUGCAGCUUUAAAGAGUAAAGUGGACAAAUUGGAACAAAAUUCUAGUCGUGAUGCCAACCUUAGCGAGUUGAUCCCACGGAGACACUCCGACUAUAACAAGGUUUCCCAUACCCCACCCAGGAAGUUCUCAACAGGCGAACCAGACAGUCCCGUGCUGGUCAUCAGAUCAAACACUCGCUCAUCAAAGGUGCAGUCGGCCGUGAAACGCUCGGAAAUGGCUUAUGAUAAUCUUUUUGAGUUGUGAUACUAGUUUGUGUUUAUUUGUGCUACUUAAGAACGACUGUUUAAGUUGUGAUAUGUAUGUUGAUAAAUCAAGGCCGCUAUUCAUAAAACAUCUAUAAGUUAUUUCCUAACUUAAGUUACUUUGUUUUCAUUGUUUUUAUUGAAAAUCUUUACUUUUAUGUUUAACAAACAGGUACAAUUAUCUCUUUGAAUUUGUCUAGGAACUUUUAAGGAAUGACUUAAAAUGUUUUAUGAAUACUAGCUCAGAGCUUUUUCCGCAAAUAUUUAGUAGAGGCCGGGAAUUUUGUGUUAACACGUAAAUUAUUGGGAAAUGUUAACACAUAAAUUGGGCAUAAAUGAGGAAAUGUUAACACGUAAAAUGGGAAAUGUUGACACGUAAAUUGGGAAAUGUUAACACGUUAAUCGGAAAAAUUUAAUAGUGUUUUGUGUAAAUGCAUCAAACUGGUAUAGUAAAAGUCAUGAACAACUGACAUACAGAUACAAACACAGCUAUUUUGACAUCAGCACAAACAACAAUUAAAUGAUUAUUUUCUUUUAAUUUGUUGAUUAUUUUAUGCAUUUAUCUUUGUCUUAAAAAGUGAUCAAAAAUCAAGGAAUUGCCACCUAAAUAUGAACAACCUCUGCAAGAUUUAAUUCAAAUUAUUGAAAAAGUUAAUUCUUAUGUAUAUGUAUGGUGGUAUGUACAUAUACAAAAUCCAAGAUAAUCUCAUAUGUUCCUGUCUUACUUAAAGGUAUUAGUUGUGAUAUGUAUGCCAAUAUACUUUAAUCCCAAUGUACAUGUAUUAUGGUUGAUACUUAAAGUUUGUAUUAUAUAUUUAUCUGAUGGAUGUUCACAGAACUAGUAGAUUUAUUAGUUAUUUGUGUUUUUUUGCCUGCAAGCUUAUAUCCCAUGCAUUGAAAAUCAUCCUUCUUUGGAAUGUCAUUGUACCCAAAUGAAAUUCAACUUGUAAUACAGAUAAGAGACCCUGAUUGUAAUUGUUAUGACAUAAUAUAUAUGUAGUUGUUUUUUGGUUUUGUUUAAAGGCAGAUGUCUGUAUUGUUAUAAGGAAUAAGGAAAGUGUCAUUAGGGUUUAUGUCAUCACUUCCUGAAUCAAACAUUGGACGCCCUCAUAGUUGAUCCAACCAGGGGUUUCAUAUAGGCUGUAUAUACUUAGAUCCCAUGUGUUUUUGAGUUGUGCUACUUGUGUGUGCUUUGAUAAUACGUUACUUAAAAAGUUAAGAUAUUCACUUAAAAAGUUAAGAUAUUCAACCCAUAGUAGGUAUCUUAUUCAUAUAUUAUGAGCCCAUAUGAUAUUUGUACGGAAAUAAUUUUCUCAAAAACCUUUCCUUUAAAUAUUUUCAGCUUACGGAACCUUUGCAAAUGAUAUAAACACCAAUAUGGUCACACUGGCAACCGAAAUCAAAAUUGUUUGACCGAAAUUAUGAAAUAUACCAAACAAAUUGAUUAAUUGAUUUUUAGUUGUGAUAAUUAUGUUUAAUAUACUUAGAAACCUUGAUUUACAGGGUAUGAUUGUAUUACUUAUAUACAUUCUUUGUAUGAAUUGUAAAUAGGUAUUUGUAAGUACCGCACUCUUGUAUAAAAAAUAGCUUAAAAUAAUAUAUUCAAGUUGUGGUUGUUUAGUUUAUAAACACAUGUUAUUUAACCAGUCCAUUUGAAUUAUUCAUUUCUCCCGUUGCCCUUCUUCUUUAGUGUACAAACCAAAAUGAGAAAAAAAUUGCCUUAUUGAUUUCAGUCAUUUCACCAUUGAUGAAAACCGCAGGGGGCAGAAACAAAUAAAUCUGAUAAAAAAAACAAUGCCUCCUGUUGAUGAAAACAAGGCAUAAACAGGUGAUGGAAUAGGGGCUGAGUAUUAAGACAUCCUGAAAACUAUUAUUUUUAUAAUCUCUAGCCUAUAUUCCCUUUAUAUACAGUAUAGUCUAAAAAAAAUAAGAAAUAAUAUGUAUAAACAAAAGAAAGAAAUAAUAUGUUUCUGCCUCCUGUGGGUGAAAACAAGGAAUAAAUAUUGAAGUGAUAGAAUAAGGGUGGCUGUAUAAAGGCAUCAGAGAAACCACUGAGUGAUUAAGCAGGGGAGUGAACGAUCUCCAUCUUAUCCUGUGUUAUGUUGGCAUUGUUUUGUAAAGAAAGUAGAAUGUGGCAUGGAUUAGAUGGUUUAUUAUGUAUAACGUCUGUCAUGUUUGUGUUAUAAUAAUUGCAGAAAAAAAUAUUCAUUUAAAAUAAAAUCAGAACAGAAAUUGAAUCAUUGUCAAGUUGUAAUGAUUAUUGAACAUAUUUUUGAAGGGACUAAGAUGUUUUUGAAGGGACUUAAAAAAUAUAAGGGACUUUUUUGAGGCACUAAGAUCUUUUUUACAGGACUAAGAUAUUUUUAAGGGACACAUUCACAGGUAUUUGUUGGCAACAAUUUUUUCGUCUUUGUUAUUUUACUUUCAUUCAUCACCAAACAUAUAGCAACAGAUGGCAGCUACACAUUUCAACAGUUUUAUAAAUCUAAUUUGCUAUCACAUUUUUAAACAAGUGUUAACAGUUUAACUUUGGUUGAUAUUUUAUUAUCCCCCGCCUAUGAAAUAGGGAGGGGGAUAUUGAAAUGGCGUUGUCCCUCCGUCCGUCCGUCCUUCCUUCCGUCCGUCCGUCCUUCCUUCCGUCCGUCACCUGCAUUUUCUCAGUAACUAGCCGGUAUAAUUUCAUGAAACUUAAAAUAAAUAUGAACCACUAUACUGGAAUGAUGCCCGUCCAAAAAAAACUUGAUUGGUCAAUUGUCCUUGGAGUUAUUGCCCUUGAUUUUUUGAAAAAUGCACAUUCACAGCCAUUUCUCAGUCACUAGCUGGCAGAAUUUCAUGAAACUUAAAAUGAAUAUGAAUUACUAUACUGGGAUGAUGCCUGUUCAUUUUUUUUUGGAUUGGUCAAUUGUACUUGGAGUUAUUGCCCUUGAUUUUUUGAAAAACUCUCAUUUACAGCCAUUUCUCAGUAACUAGUUGGUAGAAAUUCUUGAAACUUGAAAUAAAUAUGAACCAACAUACUGCGAUGAUGCCUGUUUAUUUAUAUUUUGGAUUGUGUAAUUUUUAUAUGAGUUAUUUGCCCUUGAUUUAUUAAAAGAUCCAUGUUUGCAGUCUUUUCUAUGCAACUAGCUGGUAGAAUUUCAUGACACUUGGAAUAAAUAAGAACCAACAUACUGUGAUGAUGCCUGUCUAUUUUUCUUUUGGAUUGGUCAAUUUUCCUUAGAGUUAUUGCCCUUGAUUUAUUAAAAAAUCAUUGUUUGCGAUAUUUUAUAAUUUGGCUCGGAAAGGGAUAAACCAAUGUGCUUAUCUUAUUCUUUCUGAGAUUUUUUUUAACAAACAAGCCAUCAAGCACAAACAAGCCAUCGUUGGCGGCGGAUAUCUUUUCACUGAAAAUGCUUGUUAUUAUAAUUUAUUCACAUUUCAUAUUAAUUUUCAUAUUAAUGUUUGUUUAAUGUCUAAUCCUUUAGAAUAUGAAUGAGUCCUCUUUAAAACGUGAAUGCCUAUAAAGAUGGUCAAUAUGACUUAACACUAUAGUUCAGAAGUCUGGGGCCAUCUUUCCAACCCACAAAGGCAAACUUUCCAAGAUCAAGUAUUUAUUUUAUAUAUUUUGUCAUGUACAAUUUUGCUUGCAAAAUCAAAUUAAGUUUGUUCAAAUGAAAAAAAAAACAUUAACAACUACUUACAGGUAACUCAAAACCAGUUUAUAUUUAUGCCUACAAAUACAAGUAGAUACAAGAAGAUGAAAAAAGGCAUAAAACAUGGCAAUGGUUAUAACUACUUUUACUCUCAAAACACAUUAUUACAUGUGAGUCCUAUUUUUCUAAAAUCUUUGGUUAGAUUGGUCCUAUAUUUCUACUUAAGGCGCCCUGAGAUAUAUAACCUAAAUAGAGAAUUAUGAAGAUAAGGACGAGUCACAUACAUGUACAUGUUAUUUGUUAUUCGGUAUUAGUUUUCAUGUUGAAAGAAAUAAGGUUGAUUUGUCAGUGUAAGCAUAUUUUGAAAUUUUGCAGUACUUUUGCCACUUUGCCAAACUAUUCUUAAAUAUGGCCUUGAUGGUCUCUAUUCAUGUUGAUUUGUUAUGGAAAUAUGAAAUCACCCUCAAGUUUUGAAAUGGGAAUUUAUCAAUGCAAUUAACGCUGUUUUGAUUGCUCAUGUAUAAUCUUUAUUACAUACACUUAGUUGAACCACUGAUAGAAUUUGAAACUCCACAAUUAUGUAUUGUAAAUAGAAUUGCAAUAUGAUUUGUGAUACAUAAAAACUGCAUGCAAA